AUGGUCAUUGAUGAAGUCUCACCCUACAAUGGCAUUCUAGGCAGACCAUGGAUCAGCAAGAUCAACGCCAUCACCUCCGCCACGCAUCAGAAGAUUCGCUACCCAAUUCCUUGGGGUGGGAUCGGCCAAAUCAACAGCAAUCAGGCAAUGGCGAGGAAAUGCUCAGCUCAAGGGCUGAAGAAAGGCAAGCAAACACAGUUCCUCCUUGUGAAUCAGGCAUAUCUAAAGGGAGUAGAACAAGCAGAGGAGAAAGCAGAUCCCGUUCCUGACAGCCGAGCAGGCCAAAAAGGAAAGGGAAUAACUACUCCCUAA